AUGACCUUGCCGACGCAAGGACCCCAAGAGCCCCCAAAAAGCCGCGCAGGGAGGUGGAAUGUUCGCUUAGCAUUCUGCGCUGGGACUAGCGGUAACAGGACCCACGGCCAAUCACAGGCCCAUGGCAAGACGUCAUAUCAACCUCGGAUGAGGAGGACAACGGCUGCUUUACUCGAAGGAAUUAUCAAGAACAACGAUAAUUAUCACCAUUUCAGGGGUUUCCGCGUUGUGCACAGGAGUGCUGGAGUACGGCGGCCCCUAGAUAUCGAUUUGCUCGGCGAGCACGAGGCAGCCAAGUACAGUACUAAGGCAAUAUCCAGCUGCAUAAGCGAUACCGAUAUGGCGCCAUUUCAUUGCCGUCUUGGAGUCCCGAAGCAAUCCCACCUUUUGCUAGUUAUCUCUGGACCCGACAUCUAUUUGAUGUUGACUAGGCGACCUGAACGGGCAUAUCGAUUCAAGGUCCCCGUCUCAAUCCUCGACCCCGUGCGACAUGGAGUGAGCAUGGAAGUUCUUGUAUAUCUUGGCUGCGCACUGCUCUCUUUGCAUUUUGCGUUGUACGGAAUCAUGGAAUCAGGAAUUUUCAGUUUUCCGCAUCGCGGAGCCACCGUUACAACAUCAUCUUCUACCCAGAGUCAACGCUUUAGAUUCCAUAAGAAACAGUCUCAGAGCCAAAAUGUCCCAUUGGAUAAAUCCUUAGUAUCCUACUGCGUAUAUCCCCUGAGUCCCUGUCCACUACUGUUGUUCGAGAAUGAUGCCCUCCCCAGACUCAGCAUUUAG